GCAGGAGGAGAGAGAGAGAGAGAGAGAGAGAGAGAGAGCGGGACUGCUGAGUGUGUACCGCGCGAGCUUCUCACGGGGGAGUGUGUGUGUGUGUGUGUGUGUGUGUGUGUGUGUGUGUGUGUGUGUGUUGAUCAGUGAGUGUGUGUGUGUGUGUGUGUGUGUGUUGAUCAGUGAGUGUGUGUGUGUGUGUGUGUGUGUGUGUGUGUGUGUGUUGAUCUGUGUGUGUGUGUGUGUGUGUGUGUUGAUCUGUGUGUGUGUGUGUGUGUGUGUGUGUGUGUGUGUCGCGCGCGUAGUAGAACUUGUGGAGACAGGAGCAGGAAAUGGCAGAGCGCGCGGAGGCUGCAGCGUGAGCACCAUGUCUCAGGCGAUUUGCUGCACGCUGUUGAAUUGUACCUGCGACAGUUUCAGACCCGGAAAGCUGAAACGUCGUCAGUGUGAGAACUGCAGGCAUGGAUGGGUCGCUCACGCUCUGAGUAAGCUGAAGAUGCAUCACUCGUACGACGGAGGUCAGGUGGAGAUCGUUCACUCCAACGUGGUGUUCGAUAUCUGCAGUCUGAUGCUGUACGGUACUCAGGCGAUCCCCGUGCGGCUGAAGAUCCUCCUUGAUCGACUCUUCAGUGUCCUGAAGCAGGACGAAGUCAUCAAAAUCCUCAACGCUCUGGACUGGACGCUGCAGGACUACAUACGGGGAUACGUCCUGCAGGAUGUGGCUGGCAAAGUGCUGGAUCGCUGGGCCAUCAUGACCUUCGAAGAAGAAAUUGCGACAUUACAGCAGUUCCUUCGAUUUGGAGAGACAAAAUCCAUCGUCGAGUUGAUGGCACUUCAGGACAAAGAAGGGCAGGCGAUCAUUAUCCCAACAGUUAGAGCAAACUCGGACAUCCGUAGCUUCAUAGAGAGCAGUAUGCAGCGUCCAUCAGUGUUGCCCACAAUGGAGCCUCUGAGCAGAAACAAUGGCCACCACUUCGAGAGUUUGGUCAACAACAUGACCUUCAUGCUGCCUCUGCAGUUGCUCAACUCUGUUCCUGCACCACUGCUCAGGUCCAGAGCAGAUUCCCGCCAGCAGGACAUUCUGGCACGACCCGAAAUUCUGGAUUCAAACCCUGACACCUCCACUCACUUGACCUCUGAUGCAGAAAGAGAAGAUGUGCCCAUGGAGAGAGCAAGCACCAAUUUAGAGUCAGAUGAUUUCACACUGAGUGACAACUAUUCCUCACCCUCGACACCUUGCACGCCUUCAAUCAGCUCCGAUAUCGCCCAGGCGUCACCGGAGUCAAAAGUCCGUCCAGGAGUUGGGAUGAAAAAAGGCCGUGUUUUCUGCAGUGCCUGUGAAAAGACCUUUUAUGACAAAGGAACACUGAAGAUCCACUACAAUGCUGUUCACCUCAAGAUCAAGCACAAGUGCACUAUCGAGGGAUGCAACAUGGUCUUCAGCUCAUUGAGAAGCCGAAACCGGCACAGUGCCAACCCAAACCCGCGCCUGCACAUGCCCAUGAAUCGAAACAAUCGGGACAGGGAUGUGAGGGAUGGAAUGAGCACGGGGGGUGAGGCAGAAAAGCGGGACCUCAGGGACCUCAGCAGGUCCGUCUCCAGCUACAUAAGCAGUUCUGAGCCCAAACUGCACAGCUCCUUUCCAAGCAUCAGCCACAGUGGGAUUGUCUUCCCCAACCUGAAGACUGUUCAGCCAGUGCUGCCCUUCUACCGCAGCCUGGUGACGCCUGCUGAGCUUGCCAACACACCUGGAAAUCUGCCCUCCUUACCCUUACUGUCCUCUUCUUCUGUGCCUGUAAGUGUAGGAGACAUGGAGAGCAAUGCCGAGCCCGUGCCCAAGAAGAAAUCCCGUAAAUCCAGUAUGCCCAUAAAGAUCGAGAAAGAUGAGCUGGAAGCGCAAAGCAGCUCCAAUGAUGAUGAUGACGAUCCUCCUGCCAGUAUGGACUCUGGGAUGGACUGUGUGGUAAAGACAGAAUGUGAUGAGCAUGGUGUUGUUCAUCCCUCUGUACUCACCCAUUCUUCCCAUACAGAUGAAGCACAAGCUGAGGACAGACACCAAGCCCAGGGGUGCAGUCUCACCCACUCCCCGUCUUCUUUCAGCAACGUGCAAAGAGACUCAGUUGAUUUUGGGGACCAAACCUGCAGCGAAGUCUUGGAUCGUCAACCCACUGACAAAGUGGCACUAAGCACGCCCUGCAAGUCUGAGGUCCGCACAGACGGCGAUGGUGACCUGCAAAUAGUGUGUGCAGAUGAUGAAAAUGAGCUUCUUCAUCACUGCGAGAGUUGCAAUAAGACUUUUAAAAACUCCUACAGCGCCAAAAUGCAUUACCACAGCAUCCACUUGAAGGAAAUGCACAUGUGCACCGUAGCAGGCUGCAACGCCGCUUUCCCAUCCCGCAGGAGCAGAGACAGACACAGCGCGAAUCUGAACUUACACCACAAGCUGUUGACCAAAGAUCACUACGUCUUCACUCCAUCCUCCAAAGACAUCACCACUGAUUCACAGCCUGAACUCCCUGCUAAGGAUCCUCUGAGCCAGAUGUCUGUUAUCUUCAAGGGCACAAACCGCAUGGGCCUUGUGUUUCCCAUGAGCAAAUCCUCUGAGAGCAUCGAGGAUCCGGUGGAGGAUGAGGCCGUGUUGGACCUAAGCACCAGAGGAAGUGGUCAUUCUUCUUCCUGGGACUCAGAUGCAGGCAGCGAGGAGGAGCUCCCCCUGGAAGACAGUGAUGAGAAUGAGAGCUGUGAUGGGCUAAGUUCCAGUGCAGUUGGUCUCGGGCAGCAGGUUAACAACUUGUCUUCACCCAUCACCUGCCACGUCUGCCAGAAGGUUUACAGCAACAAGGGCACGUUCAGGGCGCACUACAAAACUGUGCACCUUCGGCUCCUGCACAAGUGCAAGGUACCAGGGUGUGACACCACAUUCUCCUCCGUCAGGAGCCGCAAUCGACACAGCCAGAACCCGAAUUUACACCGGAACCUUCCAACAAACACCACGACCAUCGAUCAGGAGUAGCAAUAUGUACGGGUGGUGAAGUAAUAACGAGCACUUGUGUGUAAGUGGAAAAGCACAGGCCUUCAUAGAUCCUGCCUAAAAUUUACAAUGAUGAACUGAUCCAAGAGGCUCUUAAGUUUUUCAUCUCAUGCGUAUAAUUUACAGCGCAAUUUGUGGUUUAUUGUGACGAGCAAAACUUCACAUAGCUAAGUUUUCAUUAAAUUCACGUGAAUGAGAAUAUAUAUAAUGUGAAUAUGAUCUGUAUAACAGAACAAAACAUCGAGGAGUUAUUAACACUGGCCAAGUUGCUCUUUACGGAGAUAUUUUCUGUGUUCAGUCAAUAAAACAGCACAGGAAAUGGAUUAGUUGGCGUUAAUUGGCCACAGGUACCACAGGUACCACAUACCCGAAACUUGAAACGCUGGAAGGUGGAAAAUUUUGACUGUCAGAAAAGUUACAUCUGAGAGUCUCUACAUGGUUGCAUGAGUUUAUUUCAUUUGCUUUGAUGUUAUUUAUUCCUCUACAAUUUAAUUCCAUACAGAAUGAGUUCAGCUCAAACGAACAUACAGAUACCUGUUGAUGUUGUUGUUGUUUUUAAUCAAACCUUUUUUUAAAAUAAUUUAACAUGUCCGAAAUGACAUCACAACAAUACUUCCUGUAAAAUUGGUGGAUAAAAUCUCAUCUCAAAUCAAAUCAAAUCAAAACUUCUCUAGAGAUGAUGUGCAGAAGCACAUGAUGUUAAAAACUUAUUUUUACUACAUUGCUAAACACCACCAAGCACUCACACAGCUUCAUUUCAACGCCGUUGGUCUUUAUUUAUUACAGAACAAGCAUUUCCACAGCGAUACAGCUGCUGAUUUGGCACAUUUUUCUGCUGAAUAAGCUCCAGAGAUAAACCUGUUACAACUAUUCGGUACUCAGCUAGCACAAAGUGUUAUUAUUAUUAUUAUUAUUAUUACUACUAUUAUUAUUGCAAUCACGGCGGCAUGACAAUCACAAUAUAUACGGAAAGAUUAACCAUAACUCAGUUUUAGUAAAGUUUAUAUGGCGAGAAACACACAUAGCAGUAAAACUAAUUAACAGUUAUUCCAUGAAAUCGAGUCGUACAUGAGCUGAGAGCCGACGAGGCGCGUAGCACCGAGAUUGAGUGGAAUAACUGUUUUAUUCUCUGCACAUUCACUGGAUUUUGAGAAACAGAGCAUUUUAAUUUUUUUUUUUUUGCAAAUUCGAUAAAUAAAAACUUUAUACAAAGCAUCUGACAAAAUCAUUUCCACUUAGAAUGUAAACAAACCGGCAAAAUGGCAGGAGCAAUUUGUGAAAAAUGUGAUAAUAAUAAUUCUUGAAAAAUAAAAAAGAUAUGUUCUUACCAUCAAAUACUUUUAUUUCAUAUUUUGUUGCUUUUUUGUAUUUUUUGGGGUUUUGUUUUCGAGUAGAGUUUUUAUUUCAUCCUCGGUUGGUUCAGCAACACGCUCCGCCAUUUUGUUUUUUCUCUACUCACGGUAUAUGAGCUGAUAUCUUAGUAGUAGAGUAGCCAAUCAGAGCGCAUGAUUGCUCAUAUCCAGUGAAUGUGGACAGAAUAAAAUAGUUAUUCCACUCAAUCUCGGUGCUACGCGCCUCAUAGGCUCUCAGCUCAGGUACAACUCAAUUUUGUGGAAUAACUUUAAUGUAGCUGCACAGCUAGCAAUAAGGAAAUAUUAAUAUGACCAGGGACAGAAACUAACCAGGUUUUGUGUUCAGGUUCGCACUUCAGCUGGUGAUGGGGUCACUCAGACCACCGGAGUUCGCCGGAAACCAAGUGCAAAACCUGUGAGAGAGCAGUUACAGCAAUACGAUUAGCACGAGCCUGACGUGGUGUGUUUGUAGCGUACUCGCGAGGUUCCAUUACUGCGUUUAAAACACCUUUGAUUUGCUGAACAGUUGAUUAUAUCUCGUCAACUGCUCACUUUUUUCCGCUGCAGUAUUAUUAUAGAAAAUGAUCACUCGUUUUAAUCUGUCCAUCGCGUGAUGGAAUUCUUAUGAAAAUGUGCCAAAUCAGUUUUUUUUUUCAUUUCUUUCCUGAAAUAAGCCCCAGGUUGCAUUGAUCAUGCUGAAGGGAGGGGAAUGUUCUCAACAUGCUGCGCUGAAUUAAAAUAAAUCUGCGUAAUAAAUCCAGCACGUCGCUGAACACAUCCCACACUGGAGUUUCAGUUUAACGCAAAAAAGUAUAAAAGUGUGAAUAUGCUAGUGAAGUGUUCUGCCUCCUGACCGCGACCUGCUGCUUUAACAAACACAAGAUUAUCACACUACAGUAAUCUGGAUCGGUCAUAGAGUGGGCGUGGUCAGUGACAUCAUCAACAUACUGCAUUUUCAGCUUCUGGGGACCAAACGGUUUUACUUACUGCGUUUUGUUUUUUUCCCACGAAUAUAAGACAAGAAUUUUUUUCUUCUCUCUCGCAUGUGCUGUGUAAACGUUAGCAUUUUCGCAUUAGCCGACUUACACCACGCCCCUUUGGGGUUUUUUGUUUAUUUGUUUUGGGGUUCUUUUACGGUGUCCUGUGGAAAUCUGGCCGUAUUUGCAGAAUACAUGUUCGCGAUUUUUACAUUUCUAACCCAUUUGUAACAAGAAACUUCUGAAACUGUGAAACAUUCAUGAGUUAUGAGAUGGAAGUGGGAGGUUCUUUGAUAUUCUUAAAGAAACAAGAGGGCGGAGCUAAAAACAGGAAGUAGAGCAUUGUUAGAUGGUUUUUAUGCCUAAAGUUAACCAGGUUUCUGUUAACGUGUUUAACACACAAUUUGAAAAUGUGAACUAAAAAAACAAACAAACAUCUCAUCUCAUUAUCUGUAGCCGCUUUAUCCUGUUCUACAGGGUCGCAGGCGAGCUGGAGCCUAUCCCAGCUGACUACGGGCGAAAGGCGGGGUUCACCCUGGACAAGUCGCCAGGUCAUCACAGGGCUGACACAUAGACACAGACAACCAUUCACACUCACAUUCACACCUACGCUCAAUUUAGAGU